CCAGGAGGAGCGUGUGUGCGUGUGUGUGUGUGUGCGUGCGUGCGUGCGUGUGUGUGUGUGUGUGUGUGCAGGGCCACAAGUAGAGUGACGAGUGCAGCGGGCUCAGAGGGAGCUGAGCCUGGUGAGGCAAGACAGGAAGCGCACGAAGAAGAAUGAAUGAGCGAGCGGGCUGACGGAUGCUGUCGUGGACGCGAUGAGCUGUGUUGCACGCGGCUGAGGGAGGGAGGGAGACCAGCUGAAAGCGGUGCGAGAGGCGGCGGCGCUUGGGAAUCCUCGCCAUGGCCGACGUGUUGGAGGGCGGAGGCGGGGGCGCUGUGGGGGCGUCCGGUGUGGAUUGGCAGAAGCGAUGCGUUGCUCUGGAGAUGCAGCUGCUCCGGUUCCGGCUUCAAGCGGGGAAAAUCCGGGAGCUGCUGGCAGAGAAGAUGCAGGAGCUGGAGCAGCGGGUGAGCGAGGCCGACCGGCGCGCUGAGAGUGCAGAGAAGCAGAUCCACGUCAUGGAGGAAAAACUGAAGUCCGCCAACGUACAAAGCACCGAGUCCGAGAGCUUGUUGUGCAGGAAGUACCAAGACCUGACCGGCCAGGUCCAGGAAAAAGACGCCAUGAUAAAGAGAUUAGAGAUCCAGCUGGAAAAACAGAUCUUAGCCCGAGCCCAGGAGGCAAAGAUAAUUGAGGAAAAGGCGGCCAAGAUUAAAGACUGGGUCACGGUGAAGCUUCGAGAGAUGGAACAGGAGAACCAGAAGCUUAAACAAGCUAACCUGAAGCAGACAGAGCAGAUCAUGCUGCUGCAGGACAAACUACAAGCUCUUUUAGAGAAACAGGGCUCCUCUGGAAACCCCAGCAACUCCCCUGCAUCAGAUGCCCACCAACUGCUGAGCAGCCCCCAGUUCCCUCCAUGCGGCCUUGGUGUGCCGUCCAUUGCAGAUGACAGCAGGAGACCACCCGGUGCUCGAGGAACAGCCAAGACCUCACCAACAGACUUGAAGAGGACCCCGGAACUGUCUCGUAAAGGGGUUCCUCGAGGUCGAAGCAGGGAGGACUCCGGUGGACCAGAGUCCCCGGGGUGCCCCGAGGAUCAGGCGAUGACUUCGGACAGAGACAACUCCUCAGACGAGUUAAACAGCAAAUUCCGCUCGCAGUGCCUCCACUCGUCCUCCUCGUCUUCGUCCUCUUCCUCGGCUUUCGAGGUAGCCCACCGCGGACCGGGCUCCCCGAAGUCUCCUCUCAGGCCCGCUCUAAAAAGCCCGCUCUUGCCGCGCUCCCCCUCCACCAACAACCCAUUUCCAAAUCCCUCCCAGCCUUCGUCUCCCCGGUCGGGCGCCAGCAUGACCUUACCCAAGAUCCGGACUCCGCUCACCCCCAGGGACAGCAUCCAGCUGGUGAAGAAGCACUUCAGCCAGCCCCAGCCCAGCCUGGACCGACUCCACCAGCUGGUCAGCAUCGACAUCACAACGCCCGCGUCGCCUUCUUCCACCCUGAAGAGCACGUGCACCACCACCCCGGCCUUCGCCCAACUGGUGGAGGAAACAAACAUUGAUGAUGCACUCCCUGACAGCAUGGACGGGGUGGUCGAAGGUUCCGCAUUGGAGUACCCUACUGAGGAGGGAGGACACUUUAUGGGAUUCUCAGAAAAACUGGAGCAGCUGGAUCCAGAAGUUGUGAAACCACCGACGCCUCCCUUGCAUCGCUUUCCUUCCUGGGAGAGUCGGAUCUAUGCCGUGGCCAAGUCCGGAAUGAGCGUUUCCGAGGCCUCCCCGGGAGGCAGGGGCCCUGGUCGAGGAUCUGCCGCGCCGCAGCACCCGGCGGUGACGGGUGCGUUGACGCGGCUGAUCUACAAGAACAUCAGCGUUCCCGUCUACACGGCGCUGAAAGGGAAAGCCACUCAGAUCAGCACGGUGCCGCUGCGGGACGACGACUCUGGUUCUGAGGACGACAGCGGCUCCCUGGCCAGUUUGCGGACCUCCUUGCUGGGUCCGGACAAGAAGGGCGGCGUCCCCGGGAGCCCCCGUGCUGUCAAGAGAGGUGUGUCCGUGUCCUCCAUCAGCUCGGAGAGCGACUACGCCAUCCCGCCCGACGCCUACUCUCUGGACAGCGACUACUCAGAACCAGAACACAAAGUCCAGCGGACCUCCUCGUACUCCUGCGAAAGCACCGGGCCUGAGACGCUGGAGAAGUCGGGCUACCUGCUGAAGAUGGGCGGUCAGGUGAGGGCAUGGAAGCGUCGCUGGUUCAUCCUGAGGAACGGAGAGAUCCUCUACUACAAGUCUCCCAGCGACGUAAUCAGGAAGCCUCAAGGUCUGAUCGAGCUCAACUCAUCUUGUCGAAUCGUUCGGGGAGAAGGAGCGCAUACUUUCCAGGUAAGUUUGCUGACAUUGAGAACGGACGGGAUUAGCCUUUUCCCCUCACAUCCUCGUCCCAUCCUCUUCCUCCCUGAGCAGCUGAUCACGGAGAACAAGACCUUCUACCUGACGGCGGAUUCGCCCAACAUCCUGGAGGAGUGGAUCCGGGUUUUGCAGAACAUCCUCAAAGUGCAGGCCAGCAACCCGGUUAGCGUGGCGCCGACGUCCGCCAGGCCGACCGUCAGAGGCUGGCUCACCAAGGUCAAGCACGGACAUUCCAAGCUGGUGUGGUGCUGCCUGCUGGGGAGGUUCUUCUACUACUACCGCAACCAGGAAGACAAGCUGCCUCUGGGUCGGCUGCAGCUGCGCGAGGCGUCUGUCCAGGAAGUGGAUCGUUCGUGCGACUCGGACGAGGACUACGAGGGGGGCAGUCGGGGCGUCCUGUCGUCCCACUGCACCUUGGUGGUCAAGCCCGCCGACCAGAGCCCCACGUACCUUCUCAUCGGAACCAAACAGGAAAAGGACGCGUGGUUGUAUCACCUGUCUGUGGCCGCAGGAAGUGGCGCAAGCUUGAGGGUGGGCACAGAGUGCGAGCAGCUCAUCGGCAGACUGCUUGACGCUGACGGAGACACAGAGUCGUCCUUGUGGAAGAGCGAGGCCUUGAGCUUCUCCAAGGAGGGCCUUCGCUCGCCUCUCACCACGCUGCCCUCGGAGGCGCUGCAGACGGAAGCUCUCAAGCUCUUCAAGUCAUGCCAGCUCUUCAUCAACGUGCUGGUGGAGUCUCCCUCGGUGGACUACCACACCUCGCUGGCACAGAACGCCGUGCAGGUGUGCCUGGCCCACCCCGAGCUGCACAACGAGAUGUACUGUCAGCUCAUCAAGCAGACCAACCGCCGCACGCCGCACAACUACUCCCUCACGCAGUGCUGGCAGCUGCUGUCGCUGUGUGUGGCGCUCUUCCUGCCUCAGCAACACUUCCUCUGGUACCUGAGGCAGCACCUGCACCGCAACGCCGACCCCAGGAGCGACGUCGGCAAAUACGCCGUGUACUGCCAGCGCUCCAUGGAGAGAACGUUGCAGAACGGCGAGCGGGAGGCCAAACCCUCACGUAUGGAGAUCGUGUCCAUCCUCCUGAGGAACCCCUACCACCACUCCCUGCCCUUCAGCAUCCCCGUUCACUUCAUGAACAACACCUACCAGGUGGUUGGCUUCGACGGGUCCACCACGGUGGAGGAGUUCCUCAACACGCUGAACCAGCGGAUCGGCAUGAGGAACCCUCAGCUGUCCGGUUUCGCCCUCUUUACCGACGACCCCUCGGGAAAAGACUUGGAGCACUGCUUGCUGCCGUCUGCCAAGAUUUGUGACGUUAUUUCCAAAUGGGAGCAGGCCCUCAAGGAGCUUCAUGCGGGGAAAAACGAGGGGACGCGGAUCGUACGUUUAACCUACAAGAACAGGUUGUGCUUUCGCUCUCAAGCCAAAGGCGAGACGGAGCGAGAGCGCCUCCUUCUGGCCUACCAAGUGAGCGAUGACGUCUAUCAGGGACAUUUCCCCGUCAACAAGGAGCUGGCACUGGAGGUGGCCGCCCUCAUGGCACAGGUCGAGCACGGUGACCUGGAGCGAUCGGCCGCCUCCUCGCCCACCGGAUCCACCCAAGCCAAAUUUCAGCUGAUUCUCCUGCAGGCGUUGGAGCGUUUCUACCCAAAACGCUACAAGCAGAACUGCGGCACAGAGCAGCUCAGAGACCUUAGUGAGCGUCUGGCGGCCAAGUGGUCUACGCUGCGUGGGUGUAGUGCUCCCGAGUGCGUGAGAAUUUACCUGACGGUGGCUCGCAGGUGGCCCCUGUUUGGUGCCAAACUCUUCAGUGUCAAGGCCGUGCCCCCCUCCCCUCAUGAGCAGGGUCCGGCCUGGUUGGCGGUCAACGAGGAUGGACUGUGUGUGCUGGACUACACCAUGCACACGCUGGCCUCGUACGCCUACCAGUCGGUCAUCACCUUCGGGGGCUGCUGCGACGACUUCAUGGUGGUCACCGGCCGGCAGAAGGAGCCAGGAGUCGGGAAGAAGAGCGUGGAGAAGUUUCUGUUCGCUAUGGCCAAACCAAAGAUCCUGGAGCUGACCCUCCUCAUGGCCAGCUACAUGAAUAACCACUGGAACCCGGCCGUCCCCCACCAGCCCCCAGCUCACCGGGACGUAGAUGGCAGGCACUUCCCUGCCAUGAACGACGCCACCAAGGGCCCCACGUUGCUGUGACGUAUCUCGACGUGCAUGCCCGUCGUGAUUGGACAAAGGAGUUGAUUGUUGCUGCUUGAUUUAGGAAGACGUUUGUCACGCUUUUUCUUCACCUGCCGAGCCUUGGUGGUGCUAAUUUGACUUGACGGUGAACACUGCACAGAGAGGAGGACUAAAACGAUGACCAAUCAUUCAAAGUCUCUUCAAAACGGAUCCUGAACAAGCUAGCACUGGUACGACAACACAAGUCGUAACUGCUUCAUCCUGUGUGCUGGAGUGCACGGUACCAACUUGUACUCGAUGCAGGUCCUACCAGGUAUUCUUUCUCGUACCUGAUCGGCCGGGUCGAUCCUUGGCAGAGCAGAGUCUGCAUUUCCGCGUCAUUGCGCAACAUUUGAGGGCCACGUGGCUAAAAGUGCCAAAAACAAACACACGUCGGUGUUUCCCGUACAGUAAUCCCUCGCCACUUUGCGCUUCAAAUUCCACGUCUUCACUCUGUCACGUUUUUUCCAAAAUAUAUUCAUGAAUAAAUCGUGCUGCUCCGUGGUUGAAUACGGCCCAUUACAGGGGGGUCCAUAGGUUUUCCCAGUGAGGGCCACAUAGUGAAAAAUGAAAGUAUGUAAGUUUGUCACUUUGAUAUUUUGUAAAGCAACACAUGUAGACAUGCUAACAGGUUCCAGACCCGACCGCGGUAAGUGAAUUUUCACAAAAACAGAAUAUCACAACCUUCUAAAUACAGGUUUUAACAUUAUUAGAGCCCUCAAGACAUGAAAUAACACCCCAUAGUCACCUUUACACUUCAAUUACCCAACAUAAUAGACAUAAUCAGAGAUAAUAAGACAGUUGUUAGACAUGUUUAAGUUAGACAUAAAUAAGAUAACAGAUUCACACAUUAGCAGGUCCUUGUUUUUUUCAGAAUAAGAGUAAAUAAAACUGUUGCUGGAGCAAAUGUGUUCCCUAGGGAACCUUAGUGAGGAGUCUACUGCCUGUCUCACUGAACACCGACACCUAGUGGCCAAUGUAGAGUACUGUACUGCAUUCACUAUUACAAUGCUUCUUCUGCCUUGUAUUUGUAUUUUAGUAGGGCCCUAUGAAAUCCCUUUUAUUUUUUCCCAAAUUCAGUUUUCAUUUUUUACAAUUCCGUUUUUUUACCUUUUCCACUUAUUUUACCAGCAGAGAGGGGUGUGCUUUUUGGGUUAGUGAAUAAAAUGUCCAUUAAUUAAAUGCAAAAAUCCUUACAGUUAUUGAUGAAAUACAUCAACGGACAAUUUUGUCCAGUAAUUGAGAAAUGGAUGUAGGAUGCCAGCCUCAGCACACAUUGCUACAAAAUCUUCCACAAACUAACACCCGUGCUUGCGAUUACGGAAGAUGUAGUCACAGAUGUAAUUCCAAGCACUCUUAUUUUGAAGGCCGGAAGUGUGUUGUGUGUGCUGAGAAUGUCUGUUGAUGGUUAAGACGAGCUGGGUGCAACAAUAAACGUGCCUCUCGUCUUUUUUCACUCAGAACCUGCACGUCGUCAGCGGGCAUCGUAAAAUGGUCCUUACAUUAAAGCGGUAAAACACAACACGGUGAAAAUAUACUCAUCCAGCCUGAGUUCCCACACACACAUACACACACACAGCUGCACGAGCAUGCUCCGUUAAACCAAGCUAACCCCACUAGUUUCCAUUCACGCCGGAGAAAUACUUUCCCUCUGCUCACGAUGACAUCAUUUAAUUCACGUCACUUCCCACCAGAUUCCACGUUUAACAGUAGAUUCACUUUUUAUUGGCCAAUUCCGUGAUUCCGCGAAAAUAAGAGGGCCCUAUUUCAGUUCAUUUAGUGAGAUCAUUUAGCCAUUUUUAUGCUUGAAAAUGCUUCAUUUAGGCCAAGAAUAAGUACAAUUUGCUUAAAUACAGGAUGGGCCAAUAAAAUGUUCCCACUUUUUAAUCAUGCACAAGUUUUGAAAUGAGAACUUAUUCAAAAAAUGUAUUUAUAGAUUUGUAACAGAAACAUCAAAUUAACAUUUGAUACCAAAGGUUUUCCACUUUGUCUCUUGUUUUCUACACAGUUCAAUAAUUGAUGACAUCUUCAAUCCACGCUCCUCUUCUGUGGAUUACAGCUGACAACGCUCAUCGAAGUUUGUGAUGACAUUGCCACACGUCUCAAGAGGGAUUCUUCAAAUUUCCUGAUGGAUGUUGGUCUUCAGGGCCUCAAUGUCUGUGGGGUGUUGCAGUAUACGCUCUCCUUCAGGUAUCCACAUAGAAUGUGUGGCAAUGUCAUCACAAACUUCAACGUGCGUGUUGCAGCUGUAAUCCACAGAAACUUCUGUGUAAUCCACAGAGGUUUUUCUGGUCUUAUCGAAGAGUUCAAUGUGGCACAUGAAACUGUCAACGAAAUGUUUACUAUCUUACAGCAGCCACCGCACCAAAUCCAAGCUGGUACCAAGCAGUGGAAAAGCUGCACUGUACAUAAGGGCAACACAAAUAUGGGUACUUUUCCAUAAACUACUUUGUGCCGCCUUCUGAUUGGCUGACCCCCCCCCCUCACCCAGUAGUGUUACUUGGCUGGCUCUGUGCUGCCACCUAGUGGACAUCGAGGCUAACACGCCAAUGUCUAGGUUGUUAUUAGGAGUCAUACUUUUUGUGCAAUGUUGUUUUUUUAUAGACAUGGGAUAGAACCACUGUUGUGACACAUUUGGUGAGAAGGCUUCUUUAAAAAAAAAAAAAAAAAAGAGCAUUGAGGACAUUUUAUGGAUAAUAUUUGAUAUUUUUAUGGGAAGUUUAGUGGUGCGUUGACUUGAACUCGUUUUGGAUCAAACCACUGUCUUGUUUUAAUUUAUUGACUUUUUUGAGCUAAACAGGCAAACUUGUGUGAGUUAACGUAGUAAUUUAAGAACAUGGUCCACGUGUUAAGGUAGUGUUUGUUACGACGUGUAUGUUUGUGUGUCGCAUUCCAAUAAAACGGGAAAGGCAUCAAGACUUAUUUUUUUUAUGUGUGUCCUCAUUUUUGGUUUAAUCAUUUACAGUUGGUCAUAUUUUCAAAAGUACGGUCACUCGCCUUCCCGCACUAAGGCCAUCCAUUUUCUACAGCAUGGGUGAGCUGGAGCCUAUCCCGGAUGACUUUGGGCGAGAGGCGGUGCACGCCCUGGAGCGGUCACCA